UUAUCAAUUAUUAUACUGAACACUGAUAAUAAUUCAUUUUACUAUAAUUAUAGAUUUUAAAUAAUAAUUUUGUGUCAAAUAUGGGAUCCACUGAUACUCUGGAAAUUAUUAAUAAUAUUAAAAAUUUUGAUGAAAUCGAUUUUCUGUCAAUGGAACUGACGAGAGGUAAGACACCGGAAGAUAUAAAGGAAAGGUGUCUACAGUUAUGUCAGGACUAUAUUGCCGGUGAUUGGAUCAGACAGACAGUCGAUACUAUUGAAGUCAUACGAAUUACAGGUGGUCUGACUAAUCAAUUAUACAAAUGUUCAAUCAUUGAACCCAUUGGUAGUACAACGGAUCCCAGUGUUGUGGCUAUCCGUUUGUAUGGAAGUAAAUACUAUAAUAAAGAUAUAUGCGAUGGUAGCGAAAGACUCAGCGAUAUAAUCAUAGCGAUGAUGAUGUCGGUGAAGAAGUUGGGACCAGAAUUGUUGGGUGUCUUUACUGGUGGAGAUAUCACUGCAUUUUAUAAACACCGACAGUUCAAACUUGAAGAACAAAAGAAUGAUAAACUUGUGGAAGAGUUGUUCCGAAAGAUCGCUCAAAUUCAUGCCAUGAAUGUGCCUCUGAAGAAGAAACAUUGGCUCCUCAAUGAAAUCGAUACCAUCUCUAGACAUGUACUCAAUUGUACUCCUUAUCGACAGCUAAUCUGUGAACACAAUUGCGAAACACUUAAGACAUAUGAUAUCAAAGAUGAGAUCCGAUGGCUUAAUCAGACGGUUCAACAAUGCGGAAGUCCCAUGACUUUUACACAUAACGAUCUUCUAAGCGCUAAUGUAAUGGUAUUGGAGGACAACAACAAUGAUAACAGUGGAGACCAGUUAUUGAUCUGUGAUUAUGAAUACGCUUCCUAUAGUUAUCGGGGAUUGGAUUUGAGUUCAAUUAUUGGUGAAUGGGGUCGACUCUGGAAUGACUUCAAAACGGCUCACAAUUUUGUCGACGACUCUACUAUUAAACAAUUGCUAAACUAUUAUAUCGACGAAAAUAUCAAAAUUUUUGGUAAAGAGUAUACAGAAAAUGCUAACAAUUCAAUGGAUCAGUUGAUCAAAGAAGUCAAAGUGUUUGCAUUGGUCUACAAGAUGUUUAUGACUUUGAUUUUCUUUAAAGGCGAUGACAAUAAAGAUAAAGUUGAAACUAAGCCAACAUUAUUAGUGAAAUUGGCUGAAUGUGAAUAUAAGAAUUAUUUUCGAUUGAAAAAACAAUUUGGAUUUUAAUUAAAAUUUUAAAAAUUUAAUUA